GUUUGAAUUGUUGUUAGUUGUUUUUAAAAAUAUUUUUGAAUUAUAAUUAAAUUUGUCUAUGGAGAAAGAGAAGCAGUCAUAUUUAGAAUUGGAAAAUGAAUAUUCUAAAUUAUGUGAAACGCAGGAUUUAUUAUGGCAAGUUUUAACAUUUAGGCAGGAAAUCCCUGGCAUAUAUGGAAAUCUUUUGAAAAAAGAAGCUAAAAUUUGGGCAUCAAAACAGAAACAUCCCAACAUAGUACUUAACGAAGAAAUCACUAGAACACUUAGUAAUUUAAAAAUUGACUCGAGUAGAAUAGAUAUGUUCCAGGAAAUUGAUACAAAGGUAAAUUUAAUAGCCGAAAAAUCUGGGCAGAAUAAAAAAAUGUUAGAAGAAGUUGAACGAAAAACUGAAGACAUAAAUACAAUAAAAGACGUUAUAAAUAAAAACAUACAUAUCAUUAAAAAUAAUCUAAUAUAA